GGGGAAAAAAAAAGAUUUUAUUUAUUAAAUAAAACAAAAAUACAAGCUGUUAAAUUAAAAUACUUGCUUGAAUUUCCCCAUCAGAGUGGUAGGGAGGAAGACGGCGACUGUAGUUCUCAAGGGUGUUUGGGGGUACAGAAAGGGGUAUCUUGGGACCCGUCAGUUUUAUCAAGAACUCCAAUUUGUCAAUCCAAAAAAAGUCAAGUUGCCUUGUUUAACCUUUUUGUUCACUUAUUUUCCGUUUUUCGGACAUCAUCCCUCUUCUAGUGGUGGACUUCUUUUGUUACUCCAUCAGCUUCUUUCUACAAGAAGAAGACUUUGGGGAUUCAUUUCAAACUGAAUUGGAAAAAAAAUUGAAGAAAUCAUUGGACUGGAUUGGAUUCUCACUACCGGGGAACCUACCUACUUCCUUCUUCCUCCAUAAAUGAUUGAUCUUUAUUAGUUUUCUGCAUCUAGCAAUUAUUGUUUUGUGAAGUCUGAAAAAGGGUAGCUGAGAAAUGGGUGAGACUGAGAUCGAUAGAGAUGAAAGUGGUGCUGCAAAAAUUGGACGACGGCCGACGAUUACUGUUCCGCCACGGGCUCCUUUUGAAUCCCUUUUCACCGGCGGGACUAUGCCGGGAUACAGCCCUGGUCCGAUGACCCUUUUGUCUAAUAUCUUCUCCCCGGAUUCAAAUUCCUGUUCUUUCUCUCAGUUGCUCGCGGGAGCCAUGAAUUCGCCGCUUGCAAAGACUGGAUUUUUAGCUGCUGGUGAUUAUAACGGUUCCAGAGAUGCAAGUGUUGGGGAUGGAAAUGAUAAGGGUUCUGGGUAUAAGCAGAAUAGGCCUAUGGGUUUGAUGGUGGCGCAGUCUCCUUUGUUUAUGGUUCCUCCUGGGUUGAGUCCUUCUGGGUUUCUUAAUUCUCCUGGUUUUCUUUCCCCACUUCAGAGCCCAUUUGGGAUGUCUCACCAGCAGGCUCUAGCACAUGUUACAGCUCAGGCUGCCCUAUCACAAUCUUUUGUUCAAAGUCAAGGCGGUUUUCAGAGUUCGGCAGCUCCACCGACUACAGUGCCUGCAGCAGAGUUUCCAAAAUCCUCACCGCCUAAUGAUAAUUUACAGCCACAGGUGCAUACUUUGCAAAUGCAAGCUGACCCUCAGCCGCUUAAGGUUUCACCACCAGAAGCGUCUCAAAUGGAUACCAAAUCUGUUCCUGUGGGUUUUGAUAAGCCAGGUAGUGAUGGUUACAACUGGAGGAAAUAUGGCCAGAAAAUAGUUAAAUCAAAAGAACAUCCUCGAAGUUAUUAUAAGUGCACUCACCCAGAUUGUCCUGUCAAGAAAAAGGUUGAGCAUGGAAGUGAUGGUCAAGUAACUGAGAUCACGUAUAAAGGACAACAUAAUCACGACAAGCCUCCACCAAAUACAAGAAGUAAAGAUGGUUCUGGUCCAGAGGGAAGCGCGGGCUCUCGGGUAAAGCCUGAAAUUGGUUUGCAAGGUCGGACGGAAAUGGAUAUCUCAACCCAGGCUGCAAGUUCUCAAGCGGUGACUUUGACAAGUGCUGCACCUACUCAGCGAUCAUUUGACCAACUACCCCUCGCAGUUGUUCAUGAGGAAAGAGAGAAUACUGCUGGACCUGUGGAUGAGGACAAUGAAGAUGAACCAAAGGCUAAGAGGAGGAACAUAGAGGUUGAAGCUCGUUUGCCAGCUCCAUCUCAUCAAACAAUAACAGAGCCAAAAAUAGUUGUACAGACGAGGAGUGAAGUUGACCUUUUAGAUGAUGGAUACAAAUGGCGGAAGUAUGGACAGAAAGUUGUCAAGGGGAAUCCUCAUCCAAGGUUAGGUGCUUAUCUAAGAGUAAUCACUAUAAUGUUUUUGACAUGUAUGAUUGUCUUCAGCUUUUUGGUUUUAUGUUGUGAUUUUCAUCAUAGUAGCUAUUCUGUCUUAGUAAGAAUAGAAUGUAGUGUUGACUUCUUUACUGGUUGUUUCUGCUCUUAUCUUAACCUCUGCGUAUUCCCGAAUUGCUGUCUCAUGACUAUAUCCUUAGAUCAGCUUCUCAUUUGUUAUGUAUCGUUCUCUCUUUCAGUAGCCAAAGUAUUGUACUUACAGUUGUUUUUUUGCUAUUCAGUGUGUUUAAUACUUUAAUGAUUUUCAUUGACUUGAGAAGAAAGAGCAGGGAAGAGAGUGGUUUUUCUAACUUGUGCUUGCGAAGAAAGAGUUGUUGUCUUUCUUCUAACUUGUGCUUAUGUAGAAAUAGUUGUUCUUUUAUCUUUAGCCCUGGAUAUUUAAUCCCAUUACGUAUAAUGAACUUGACACCAUUCUCUCUCCCGCAUUUAUCUUCCUGACUGUCAUUUUACUAGAGCCUAGAACUUUCCUUUGCCUGCCAGAUUGUCUUAGAUCUUGAUUUUUGGGAGAAAGAUGGAUAUUAUUUCUGGAAACAAGAAAUUUUUUUGUGGGAUCGUAUAAUUCAAACUCUUCAAUACGCUGUUGUUCACUUUAGAAUGCUUCAAUCAUAAUUUUCUUCCACCUUUUUUGUUCACAGGAGUUACUACAGAUGUACAUUUGCCGGAUGUAAUGUUCGCAAACAUGUGGAAAGGGCAUCAGCAGACCCCAAAGCAGUUAUAACUACAUACGAAGGAAAACACAACCAUGAAAUCCCAUCCGCUAGAAACAACAAUGCAAACUCCAGUGGUCAGUUGAAACCACAAAAGGUCGUGGCCCGAAAACCCUCUGUACAUAGAGAAGUUGAUUUUGAUAGCAAAGGUCAAAUACCUGUUUUGACUCAGGCACUCAGCUAAAAGUAAAAGGAGGAGAGAAGAUUGCAGCCUGGCACAUAGCUAAAAGAAGCAGACAAAGGUUGAUUUUGUUUUUGGUUGUAACAAUUACAAAAACAGUAGCAGAUGAUGAAACAUAUUAGAGUCUCUUAGCACAUGGCGAGUGGUCUUUUUUUUUGGUGGGAAAAAUACGAUGUAUUAUUCUGUCCUCCAAACAACCUCUGUUUCAACUUGCCCUGUUUGUAUGUAACACUGCUUUUCUUGAAAAUUGUACUGCUAGUGCGAUACUACAUAACACCAAACUUGGUUUAAUAGAAAUUUUCUUGCAACGUUCCUGAUUUUUCUUCGGUAUAUGAAUUAUGAAAUAAUAAAAAAUUAUUCCCUCCG